UUAACACAGUAAAACAUACGGGAAAAUUGCCAGUAUGUCGUUUGACGAAUUCGAUCGUAGGGCCUCCCAGCGCGACAGCCUGAAGUCAACCAAGUCGUUGGCCUCUAUCCUGCGAGGACACACAAUACCAGUGAGACGAGGAACCCACGUGUCUCCGGCCCGUGUCUCCGGCUUGAAAGCGGAGGUCGCGGAGUCGCUCACCAAAUCCAUGUCCACUAUAUUCAGGCAGAGCACUAUGAAUAUGCGGUAUGCGGACACCACUCUUCUGGACCUCGAAGAUUGGGUGCUGCAUCCAAGAAAAUUCGACGACGAUGUGGAUGUCAGUCAACACCCCAGCUACAAUAUUAUGUCGUUCUCCUACGAUCUGAAUUGCUAUGUGAGGUAUUUGGAGGCCAAGGAAAAGUACGACAAGCAUUUCCACGAUGAAAUGCAGUACUUCAUAGACACUCAAGACAGGGCCAUCAAUCAGUUUGUCCUGAGGCGCAUCUUGUGCUACAAUAGUCGUUGGCCGCCACUGCACUCAAAACGGGAAAUAAACCGAUUCGUUACAAAGUUCUUUCAGCUGACACCCAAGCAAAAGGAUCGUCUGCACUAUCUCAUGAAAACCGAUCUGAGUGCGGGAUCGUAGACCCUCAAGAGAGCAGCGACAGAGCGACAGAGAAAGCGUUGAUAAAAUUACAAAUGCAAUUGUGCUGAU